UUUCACGAAGGCUCCUAUGACGGGGUCUUUGCGUGCCACGCACAAACAGAGCUGAGGGCGCGCAAACGCUUUCUGCCGGAGCAUGUCCUUCGGUAGCUCAUGGCAACCUCACAGGUGCCAGCAGCUCCGGCCCUGCUCGAGUUGGGCGAUCCCGUGCCUUUGCGAGUUGACUCCGAUGUCUGGGAGGGCCAUGACCUGAGCUUCCAGAAGCCCGGCGGAGGAGUCCGUAGGGCUUUGGUGGUGCCAGGUUUCGCGCAGGCCCAGGCUGAGUCACUCCAUGAGGCGAUCGAGGAGUGCCUGCCACCUUCGACUGGUGCAGGGGACUUGGAGCUGAUGCAGUGCGGGGAGUAUAGCCAAGCGGCUGUGGAGGGCCUGCUGAAGCCGUGGCUGGAGCGACAGCUGUUGCCGCUGAUCCGGCGGCAGCUUCCCUCGGUGGCAGUGAGCUCCUGCAGCGUGAGGCGCCUUCCAUCGGCGGAAGCGGAGUGCUGCGCGGACCAUGGCCACCUGUGCACUGCGCUGCUCUGCCUCGGCGCCGGGGGCGUGCUGAUCCAGGCGGCCGCGGCCCGGCGCAGCAGGAGGCGCCUGGAGCUGCGGCCAGGGGAUCUCUUCCUGCACCACUUCGACCUGGCAGUGGCCUACAACGGCCGCUACCUGGUGGUGAAGCUCAAGGAUUCGCUCCUUUCCUGCCUCACCAAUACCGCCCCCUGGCACGACCAGCUCGCGCAGGAGGGCGAUGCAGACGCGCAGCUGGCCCUAGCGUUGCAGCUGGAGCAGCGCGACGCCAAGCCGCAGGAGGUCAUCCGUUGGCUGCGCAAGUCCGCGGAGCAGGGGCACGCCGAAGCACAGGCCUGCCUUGGCCUGCGCCUGGGUGAGGAGGGGCUGAGGUGGCUCCACGACGCUGCGCUGCAGGGCCACCGGGCCGCCCAGCGGCAGCUGGCGGUGUGCCUGCUGAAAAGCGGCGCCAGCGGCGAGGCGCAGAAGUGGCUGCGCCGGGCCGGGGAGGAGGAUGAUCUGGAGGCGAUCGAGCUGCUGGUGGUGUGCUUGGUGCGUGCCGGGAGCAUGCAAGAGGCGCUCUGCUGGUGCCUGCGUGGUGCGGAGCUUGGGUCUGCGGACCUGCAGCACCGGGCAGGGCUGCACCUGUUGGCAGGAGAGGGCUGCGUGAAAGACCAGGCGGCUGCGCUGAGUUGGCUGCGCCGCGCUGCGGAGCAGGGCCACGCGGCUGCCCAGAACAACUUGGGGGUCAUCCUGGCCGCAGGGCUUGCGGGCCCUGUGGACCUCCCUGCGGCGCAGCACCACUUCGCUGCCAGCACCUCGGACUUGGCGCGGCGCAACGCCGCGGUGGCGGCUUCCUCCGCCAGCGGGUCGGAAGCGCAGCGGCUGGAGCUCAGCGCGGCACAACGCCAGACGCUGCAGCUGCUGAGGGCAGAGGUCUGCGAGCUCGAAGCAGAUGUGCAGCAGGAGGAGGAUGUGAAGAAGGAGGUGCAGAAGCUUGCGGCGCUGCUGCAGCAGCUAGACAGCGCCGCUUCCACCGCGGCGAGCGGGACAGGAACGAACGGCAAACACGAGAGCGGGGCAAGCGUAUCGAGACCGAGCGGCCAUGGUCGGGGCGACUCCGGCCCAAAGUCGGCCACACCAAAGCGUGUCAGCGAAGCCGGUGCCACAAGCGCCCUGCACCGCGGGGAGCCCUUUCUCCUGCUGGAUGGGAUGCCCUGGCUCAGCGGCCAGCAAGUGCUGGAGUUCAUGCCCCGCUUGAUGGGCGCCUGCGGCAAAGACGUGGUCUCCUACGAGAUCCAGGGCCAAAGCGUCCAAAGUGUCCAAAGCACGGCGCCUUUGGCCCACUACAUCCAGCAGAUCCAGCGCAGCGAGCCGGGAUCUGCCUACUUCAUGAUGACGGAUCGGCUUCUGCAGCGGCCCGAGCUGGAGGAUCUGGUGGCGAUGCCGCGAGGGCUAUCAGGAGAUCCGGAGCGCGGCGCGCGGCUUUCCGGGCGGCGCUGGCUGAGCAUCGGCGGGGAGGGUGCCAAGACGCUGCUGAAGCGGGACCCCGGCGCUAGCUGGCACAUGCUGGUGCUCGGCCGCGCCCGCUGGGCCUUGCUGCCGCCCGCGGGGAUUGCGACUGAGGGCUUCCAGGGCUCCAGCGAGGACGACGCCUUUGCUGGAUGGCAGGAGGUUUGGCUGGCCACGCAGGAGAUGGGGGAGGUGAUGGUGGUGCCUCCAGGCUGGUGGUACCAGGUGCUCCUGGAGGAUCGAGUUCUGUCCAUCACCGCCCAGUUCCUGGCGCCCGAGCAGCUGCCCAGAUACAUCCGCAGCCGGAGGCCGGAAGCCCAAGCGGAGUCGGGCAAGGCUCUGGAGCUGACAUCAGCCAUGCGCAGCGAAAAGUGCGGGGCGGUUGGGCUGCCGGUGGGAGGCGUGAGCCAUGGCGCCCAAGGCCGGGAUGUGCUGACGUGCCGACGUGCCGACCUGACAGCGUUGCUGGCCGGCCUGGCCAGCCUGGUGCUGGCGAGGGGCACCUUCCUGGCGCGGGAGGAGCCCUUGAUCCUGCCGCUGCCCAAAGAGCGGGAGCGACACCAGCAGGUGUUGGACAAAGAUAGGCAAAUUGAAGCCUUUGAAGACAAGAGCUACCAAGCGACGGUGGCGGAGCUGCGGAGCGCCCGGGCGGCGGUGGAGAGCCAGGCUGCGGCCGCCUCCGCGGAGGCGGAGGGAAACGCGCAGCAGGUGGAGGAGCUGGAGAUGCAGCAGAAGGUGCUGCUGGCAAAGGCCAAAGACUUCAACGCAGAGGUGGAGCAGAACGUCAAGUAUGCUGAAGCCAGCAACAAGGACUUGGAGAAAGUGCUCGCGGACGCGGAGGCCUUUGCCAAAACUUCUGACGCCCGUGCACAGGACUGGGCCAAGAAGUCCGUGCAGGACAUGUUCCUUGGGAAGUACCGUCAGCUGGAAAGCUGGAGGAAUGAGGUACUCACGGACCACUGGGCUGAGGGUCGCUGGGAGGCGCAAUUGGCUGCGGCGCCCUAUGAGAAGGCCAUGGGCGAAGCCAUGGAGAAGGCCAACAGCUACAAGUCGACCGCGAAGACGCUGAGAGACGUGGCCAACGGCCUGCAGAGUGAGGCAGAUAAGGCAACGCUCACUGCCAGUGCGAAGAGGAUGGCCGGGGACUUCGAGGGGGCGCAGCGGUUGGGAGAUGCGGCCAAGGCCAUGCGCAAGCACGGGCGCCAGCUGAAGGGCUACGCCACGGACCUCAGCGAGGAGUCCGCGCACCUGGCCGAGGCCGCACCCACGUACCUCAGCAACGGAAAGCGCGCCGCCCAGCGCGCGGAGUGGAAGGCGAACCCGGAGAGUCUGCCGCCCAGCGCGGCGAAUUCCAACCUGGCCUAUUUGCCCUCUUGA